GGAAAGCCCUACUUCCCAGGAGCCUGACUAGUUCCCUGGUUUCUGCUGAUUCCUGAGGCCUAGGAAGGCACCCUCCCCCAAAUUCAGAGACCUGACAAUGUCCCUGUAUUGUGGAAUUGCUUGCAGGAGAAAAUCUUUUUGGUACUUUAGGCUGCUGUCAACUUAUGUUGCUAAGACCCGGUAUUUAUUUGAGCUGAAGGAAGAUGAUGAUGCAUGUAAAAAAGCCCAGCAGACAGGAGCAUUUUACCUCUUUCAUAGCCUGGCUCCUUUGCUUCAGAAAUCUGGACACCAAUACCAGGCCCCCCGGCAUAGCCUACUAGGGUUGGAAAGGCUCCUGGCAAAGUUUGGACAGGACACACAAAGAAUAGAAGACUCUGUGUUGAUUGGAUGCUCUGAACAGCAUGAAGCAUGGUUUGCUCUUGAUCUAGGUCUAAACAGCUCCUCUUCCCAAAAUGCUGCCUUACAGAAACCAGAAAUGGAGACAGAGCUCAAGGGCUCUUUCACUGAGCUGACGAAGGCUCUCUUUCAGCUGAACACAAAGGAUGCCUCCUUGCUGACCAUGGCUCAGGCCCUUCUCCGUUGGCAUGAUGCUCAUCAGUUCUGUAGCAGAAGUGGGCAGCCCACCAAGAAGAAUAUGGCUGGCAGCAAGCGUGUGUGCCCUUCCAAUAAGAUCAUCUAUUAUCCACAAAUGGCUCCUGUGGUGAUCACUCUAGUGUCAGAUGGGACUCGAUGCCUGCUUGCUCGCCAGAGUUCCUUUCCCAAGGGAAUGUAUUCUGCUUUGGCAGGUUUUUGUGACAUAGGUGAAAGUCUGGAAGAGGCUGUCCGGAGAGAAGUUGCAGAAGAGGUGGGAUUGGAGGUGGAAAGACUGCAGUACUCUGCAUCCCAGCACUGGCCCUUUCCUAAUAGCUCACUCAUGAUUGCUUGCCAUGCAACUGUGAAACCAGGGCAGACAGAGAUCCAGGUGAACUUGAAAGAACUAGAGGCAGCUGGCUGGUUCAGUCAUGAGGAGGUGGCCACAGCCCUGAGGAAAAACAGUCCAUAUACUCAGCAACAGAAUGGGACAUUCUGGUUGCCCCCCAAAUUAGCCAUUGCCCACCAACUGAUUAAGGAGUGGGUGGAAAAGCCGUCCUGCUCUACCCUGCCUGCUUAGCCCAGACUGAGCCACCUAGAUCCCUUCUCAGUAUCCUGGAAGGUCAUAAGAGAGAUCAGUUGAUAAAAGGGAGGUGACCAAAGGCCAUCUCCAACUUCAUACUAAGAGUGGGAGGUAACCCUGCAGCAGGAUGCCUCUAAUAGCGUGUUAAGGAAGUUCCUAUUCAUGGGCAAUCAAAAUGCCAAACUGAUGUCAAGAUCAGAGGGAAGUCUGAAGCAUUAGUUUGAAAGUAGGCCCCUGUGCAUUUGUUUCAGCUGAGGUCUUGGAAGCAAACACCUUUCGGCAUGUAUCUCAUUAAUGCUGGGUUUACACUAACUGCCAAAAUGUGCCUGGUAUAAUUUUAAUGUUAACUUAGUAGUGAAGACAUAGAACAAAUCUCAACCUACUACUGAGUUACUUUUCAUCCUCAUAGAAUUAGGAAAAAUUGAACAAUAUAACAUUUAAAAACUCAUGUACAGGUAGUUAUUUUGUACAUGGUAUUUAAAUAAAAGUCGUAUUUCUUUAAGUCAUCUGAAGGGAUGAAGAAAGUGGGAGCCAAGGUCUUCCUCAGAGUACUCAGUAAUAAAUCAGAUGCAGUGAUGUUUUGCUGAGGCAACUGCAUCCCAGUGGGGCUUAAGAUAGCUAAGUCUUUUGCCAUUACUUGGACAGCUUAUGACCCAAAAAAAAGAUGAUCACUUUGCCAUGUCUGAUUUCCUAAAUAUAAAAUGGUUACUGACAUUUGCAUACUGUUAAGUGUUAUAACUUCAGCUAAGGGAUUAGUGAGGGUGAACCAUUUCUUGUUUUAUGGGAUAAACUAAAUUUAGGAUUGCUCAUCAUUCAUAUAUGUCAUUCUAUACCUUGUCAUAGGGGAAAAUUUAUCUGGAGGAAAUAAAAUAAAUUUCCACACCCUGGUUCAGACGUGUAUUUUUGCCGUAUGAAGUGAGGAAAUAGUAGAAAGUGAGAAUCUGGGGCAGGGGGUGAGGAGGGAGAAAGAGAAUCUAUUUGUAUGAUAAAUACUGAAGUCCAGGUUCCAAGCGUGAAACAACUAAAGUGAUGGGCAGAAGAAAUAUUGUUAGGUCUGUAUGAAAACAGGACUGGGUGGGAAAGAUUUAUAUCUUCAGAUGAUUUCAGGCACUAAUUUGUGAUAAAAGACAAAAGUGCCAGAGAUCCCAAGAUUAUUCAUACAUUAAAGUCUACAGGACUAAGCAAGAGAUUCUAGAACUAGACAAAAUGAAGUGCUGAAUUUCUCUUUGAUCCCAAAAGGUCACUGCUUUUGCCAUUGCCGGCAAAUCAUCAGUGCUUUGGGGAACUCAAAGUGCCUUCAUCAGGAAAUGUUGAGGGAUAGUAUGUGAUGGGACUUGAUUGUCCUGUUAGGUUGGCAGCUUGCCCUGACCUGAACUGAACCAGCAUGUAGAAGGGAAAAGCACUCUCAAAAGAGAGGUCCUGAGACUUCUUCAUAUCUUGCAGUUAGAAGAAAACAGUUCAGGGUCCAUGUGUAUUACCAUCUCCCAAUCUUUUCUGUCUCUGUGGAUAUGUUUGUGAGCACAUGUGUACACAUCCCCAAUCUGAAAAUACUGAUAGAAAGGGGAGUGUGCAGGAUUCCUGGUUAUGAGUUUCUCAAACUUACCAUGGAGUAACUGUUUGCUUUUGGAUUAAUGUGUUGUUUUGGAAAAGAAAAGAUGAGAGAGGCUAAUAGAAGAGCUACAACAAUGAACUUUGUUUCCUGGCAGUGAGUGGAAAGAGGGCUUUGCUUCUUAGAACUCCAAGGAUAUCUGAAAGUUGAGGCAAAAGAGGGCGGGCUUGGGGUACUGAAAAUGACAGAUAAAUAAAAGGAACUUUGGUACAGGGCCUAUCUGGCUGGACAGUAUUCAUGUGGC